GUUGCACAUAAUUGCAAACAUUAAUUGUCGAAACCAAAAGGAAAAAAAAUGAAUCCACUUGGUGUAAUAAGUUCAAGAGCUUUUUUUUGUUGUGUGGUUGUGUUUGUUCUAAUUGGAGGAGUACCUUUCUCUUCAAAUGCACAACUUGAUCCAUCUUUUUACAGCACAAGUUGUCCAAAUGUUAGUUCCAUUGUUCGUGGAGUUCUAACAAAUGUUUCUCAGACAGAUCCUCGUAUGCUUGCUAGUCUCCUCAGGGUUCACUUUCAUGAUUGUUUUGUUCAAGGUUGUGAUGGCUCAGUUUUGCUGAACGAUACAGCUACAAUAGUGAGUGAGCAAACAGCACCGGCAAAUAAUAACUCCAUAAGAGGUUUGGAUGUGGUGAAUCAAAUCAAAACAGCAGUGGAAAAUGCUUGUCCCAAUACAGUUUCUUGUGCUGAUAUUCUUGCUCUUUCUGCUGAAAUAUCCUCUGAUCUGUCUAAUGGUCCUACUUGGCAAGUUUCAUUGGGAAGAAGGGAUAGUUUAACAGCAAAUAAAACCCUUGCUACUCAAAAUCUUCCAGGCCCCAAUUUCAACCUUACUCAACUAAAAUCUAUCUUUGAUAUUCAAAACCUCAAUACAACCGACCUAGUUGCACUCUCAGGUGGUCAUACAAUUGGAAAAGGACAAUGCAGAUUUUUCGUCGGCCGAUUAUACGAUUUCAACAGCACCGGAAACCCUGAUCCAACUCUCAACUCAACCUAUCUACAAACAUUACAAUCAAUAUGUCCAAAUGGUGGAGCUGGUACAAAUCUCACAGACUUGGACCCUACCACACCAAAUACAUUUGACUCAAGCUAUUACUCCAAUCUACAAGAUGGAAAGGGUUUGUUCACGAGUGACCAAGAGCUUUUUUCCACUACUGGUGAUGAUACUGUUGCUAUUGUCAACAGUUUCAUCAACAAUCAAACUCUCUUCUUUGAAAACUUUGUGGCGUCGAUGAUAAAGAUGGGAAAUCUUGGUGUUUUGACUGGAACUCAAGGUGAAAUUAGGACACAGUGUAAUGCUGUGAAUGGGAAUUCUUCUUCUUCUUCUUCUUCUGGUUUGGCUUCUGUUGUUACCAAAGAAUCAGCAGAAGAUGGCAUGGCUAGUUCAUUCUGAAUAUAAUGUAAACAAAUAUGAUAUGUGCAUGUGGUGGAUCAUUAUAAUCUACUGCUACCUCUUUAUUACAAUAUACUACUAUAUGGCUUGAGUCAUUAUGCAUUUUCAAGUAAGAGCAAAGCAAUUUUCAGGUGUCAAAUGGGUGUAUCAAUAUAUAGUGUACAUGUAUCACACUAUAUAUUUAGAAGUGUCAUUUUGUUAUCAUAUAUUAAUGGAAUAAUAAUAUCAAAUGGAGUUUUUAUCUAACUUUUCU